GAGAAGUCAAAAUUUACCAUAAAAGUUUAAGAUCUUAUGAAGCAGAAAGGUCACAGAAGUUGUUCAUGAGACUUGUGAUAUCUCAACAUUUGAAAUUCUACAAAUUAAACUUUCUUAUUACCAUUAACAAAAGGGGUAAUAAUUAGAUAUUUGAAACCCUUUUGUUGAAUUUUCACUUAUUUUGUUGGUGGACCACGUCUCGUAGCGUAGAUGGCAGUCUUUGGCAUUUGGUUGACUCAUGUCAUGCAUAAGCAUAGCAACAGCAAUGGCAGUAGCAAUAGAAUGGGGUCAAUUGUAUAUAGCCUUUUAUUAUCCUUGGUACCCCAUGUGCUUAAAGCGACCUUUUCCUUUCACUCACUCUUCCUUUUUAUGUUCCCUCCUGCAAAGUUUUGGUUAUUACUUCACUUAAUCUCCCCACACAAUUCAAACAUCAACCAAAUCUAAUUAUCUUUCUUUGUCCCCCACACCCCUCUCUCCUAUGUUCUAUCCCAUUCUGAACAAACACGAUUAGAAGCACAUGUUUGUUUGUUGUUGCUAGUGUUGCCAUGAAGGAGUUUCCUUCUUGUUUUGGAGAAAAUGGGGUUCAGGUUGCUGACUCAUCCUCAUCAAGCACCACAAGAGCGGCUCAAAAUGUUGUCACGUGUGUCUACCAGUGCAAAUUAAGACGCCGUUCAUGUCUGAUCACGGUCUCCUGGACCAAAACUCUGAUGGGUCAAGGCUUGAGCGUGGGAAUUGAUGAUUUAGGAAAUCAUUGUCUCUGCAAGGUUGAGAUAAAGCCAUCGCUAUUCUCGAAGAGAAAAGGGUCCAAGAAUUUGGAGGUCCAAUCUGGUAAAAUUGAUAUCUUUUGGGAUUUGAGCUGUGCCAAGUUUGGUUCCGGGCCUGAGCCGCUGGAGGGGUUCUACUUAGCGGUGGUGUUCAACAAGGAGCUGGUGUUGCUGCUUGGGGAUCUGAAAAAGGAGGCAUGCAAGAAAAUGGACAGUGAUUGUGCUUUUUCCCACAGUGGUACCGUUUUCAUUGCAAAAAGAGAGCAUAUUUUUGGGAAGAAGUUUUAUGGUGCAAAGGCUCAGUUUUGUGACAAGGGGCAAGUGCAUGAUGUCACAAUUGAGUGUGAUACUGUGGGUUUUAACGAUCCCUCUCUUGUGAUUCGGAUUGAUAGCAAGACAGUGAUGCAGGUGAAGCGUCUCAAGUGGAAGUUCCGAGGGAAUCACACCAUUUUGGUGGAUGGGGUUCCGGUUGAAGUGUUUUGGGAUGUGCAUAGUUGGCUCUUUGGGAAUGCUAUGGGCAAUGCAGUGUUCAUGUUCCAAACAUGCAUUUCAAGUGAAAAGGUGUGGGAAGCCCAAUCAGCUUCUGAUACCACUGCACUGUCAUGGGCUUCUUCUCAGCAAUGCUUUGGCUUCUCUCUCAUUUUGUAUGCUUGGAAACAUGAGUAGUAUUUAAGUCAGUUGAGUUGUUAAGUCUUGUUCCUCAAUGUUAUAUUAUAUUGACAGUCACAUUUUUCAACAAGGAAACUAAUAAACUUGCCCCUUUCUUCUCAUCUUUUUAAUUUGGUAUAACUUUUGUAAUCUUUGAUCGUUUUUUCCAGAAUGUAUUAGCAAAAAUGGGUGCAAAAUAUAUGGUCUGCAAAGAGAGUAAGUGGGUGUGGUAAAUAAAUUUUCUUAAUGGUGUGACUAUUAAGAAUGAUCUUCUGUUUCCGAAUGAGAAAAAGAAACUCACAUGGCAACGUUCAUGGCUUUUCUUAUUUUUACUUCAAACAGGCAUUUAGAUUUUGAUGCAGUGUACAGAAAUACAGCGUACAACAGAUUAUCUGAUGACAGCUACUAUCUG